CGGGAGCCCAGAUGUCAUACGCCUUUAUUCGUUUACUUGAGAAUUUACCUGCCCAAGUGUCAAGUAAGCCAUUUACACCUGAGGAGUUAAAGAAAAACAAAAAACCCCACGCACGGACACGCAUACCACGCCGUCAAUCUUUUAAAGGGCCAGAAGCGAUCGGCUUGCGGCCAAUCCUGAGGCUGGGACCGAUCCACCUUAAACUAAAGGGCUUAGUCGAGGUCCAGGAUCUCCGCCCGGAGCCCUCGUGAUAGGUAGCUGGGACAGGCGGGGCGGGGCCUGACUGCCUCUGCUUUAAAUAGCCCGAGAGCGCAUCCACCGCUGCUGGAGCCGAAGAGAAUCAGAAGUUGGUCGAGUGGGGACUGCGGCGCUGCUGCUGUUGUUGCUGUUUACCGAGCUUCUCAGGUGGCAUCGCUUCUCCAGCGCGCCACAAGCGGGUCUUCCGGAACUCGCCUCGAAGGGCAGCUGAGCCUUUCUCGGGGCGCUUUCACCGAACCGGUCUGGCGGGAGCGACCGAGGGGCUGCGUCUUCAGGGGGGUCUCUCAGCCAUCUUCGACACCGCGCUGCUGAAGGAAAGUUGAGAAGACCCAGCUAGAGACCGACAAGCCGCGUCUCUCAUCCCAGCUCGGCGGCGGGGAGAAAGAGAUGAGCUUCAGGAAGCCGGGAGCCUAGCCGCCCAGUGCAAUUGGAGCCGACGCCGACGCCACUUCGUUCAGUCACCCUCCCCGGGUCGGAGGGCGGACUUACUUCGCCGAGCAUGGAGCCUCGCUCUUACCUGUUGACCGUCGCUUUUCUGCCGCUCUUCCUGUCUGCCUGGUCGCCGCUGCAAAGGCAACCUAGCUGCGCCGCCGCGGCCGCAGCAGCAGCGGCGGCAGCGGCAGCAGCAGCCGGCUCUUCGUCCGCCAAGGAGCUGUCCUGCCAGGACAUCACCGUGCCUCUGUGCAAAGGUAUCGGCUACAACUACACUUACAUGCCCAACCAGUUCAACCACGAUACGCAGGACGAGGCGGGCCUGGAAGUCCACCAGUUCUGGCCCCUGGUGGAGAUCCAGUGUUCGGCGGACCUGCGCUUUUUUCUGUGCAGCAUGUACACGCCCAUCUGUCUGGAGAACUACAAGAAGCCGCUGCCGCCCUGCCGCAGCGUGUGCGAGCGGGCCAAGGCCGGUUGCGCGCCCCUCAUGCGCCAGUACGGCUUCGCCUGGCCGGACCGCAUGCGCUGCGACCGCCUGCCCGAACAAGGCAACCAGGACAUGCUUUGUAUGGACUACAACCACACCGACCUCGCCACCGCCGCGCCGCAGCCGCAGCCCAAGCCGCCGCACCGAAAGCCGGCGGGAGGCGGGACAGGGAGAGGUUCCGGGGCUGUGGUGCCGCCACCGUCCGCCGCGGACCCCCCACUCCGCAAGAGCCGUCCUCCAACCCCCUGCGAGCCGGGCUGCCAGUGCCGGGCGCCGAUGGUGUCGGUGUCCAGCGAACGUCACCCGCUUUACAACCGGGUCAAGACGGGCCAGAUCGCCAACUGCGCCCUGCCGUGCCACAACCCUUACUUCAGCCCGGACGAGCGCGCGUUCACCGCCUUCUGGAUCGGCCUGUGGUCCAUCCUGUGCUUCAUCUCCACCUUCGCCACCGUCUCCACCUUCCUGAUCGACAUGGAGCGCUUCAAGUACCCGGAGCGGCCCAUCAUCUUCCUGGCCGCCUGCUACCUCUUCGUCUCGCUGGGCUAUUUGGUGCGCUUGGUCGCUGGCCACGAAAAAGUGGCUUGCAGCGGCGGAGCGGCGGCGGCUGCAGCUGCAGCGGGAGCAGGACCGGCGGGCCCCGCUGGAGGCGCUGCGGGGGCGGCCGCUGCAGCCGUGGGCGGCCGCGGAGCUGCCGGCGGAGCUGCGGAGCUACAGCCCGACUUGGCGGUGGCUGAGCACGUGCGGUAUGAGAGCACGGGCCCGGCUCUGUGCACCAUCGUCUUCCUUUUGGUCUACUUCUUUGGCAUGGCCAGCUCCAUCUGGUGGGUUAUCCUGUCCCUCACCUGGUUCCUGGCGGCAGGUAUGAAGUGGGGCAACGAGGCCAUUGCGAGUUACGCUCAGUACUUCCAUCUCGCAGCUUGGUUACUUCCCAGCAUCAAGUCCAUUGCGGUGCUGGCUCUCAGUUCUGUGGAUGGAGAUCCUGUGGCUGGAAUCUGCUACGUGGGUAACCAGAGCCUGGAGAACCUGCGAGGCUUUGUGCUGGCCCCUUUGCUCAUCUACCUGGCCAUCGGUUCCAUGUUCCUGCUGGCUGGGUUUGUCUCCCUCUUCCGCAUCCGGAGUGUCAUCAAGCAGCAAGGAGGGCCCACCAAGACACACAAGCUGGAGAAGCUCAUGAUCCGUCUGGGCCUUUUCACCGUGCUCUACACAGUGCCUGCCGCCAGCGUGGUGGCUUGCCUUUUCUACGAGCAGCAUAAUCGCCCCCAUUGGGAAGCCACUCACAACUGUCCCUGCCUGCGGGACCAAGAGCCUGACCAAGCCCGCCGGCCAGAUUACGCGGUUUUUAUGCUGAAGUACUUCAUGUGCCUGGUGGUUGGCAUCACCUCGGGAGUUUGGGUCUGGUCUGGAAAGACGCUGGAGUCCUGGAAGGCACUCUGCACCCGCUGCUGCUGGGCCAGCAAAGGGACCGCAGUUGCUGUGGUGGGGAGUAUUGGAGCCAGGGGGGGAGGUACCGGCAUAGGGUCUGCUGCCGCUGUGGGAGGACUGGGGGGUGGAGGGGGGUCUAUGUACAGUGAUGUCAGCACUGGUUUGACUUGGAGGUCUGGCACUGCCAGUUCAGUUUCCUAUCCCAAACAAAUGCCUUUGUCCCAGGUGUGAAAUCUGGCGUUGGAAAGGAGGAAUGCUGCCCAUCUCUCUUUAAGAAGAAGCUUCUCAAGGAGCGCAGGACAGUUCCAGAGGCCCCUGUUGCCAGCUCAUUGUCCUCAGCCUCUUCCUCCAUUCCUUGUUAGUCAAUCCUUCCAUGUCGAAGCUGCAUGUUUCUGUGUUGUUGGUAUAAGAAUUUUCUGAAGACAAGAAUUGCCUUAUUUGUCUUCAGCCAGCACAAGCCCUUUGACCCAGUAGGACUUCUCUGCUUUCUCUCAGUCCCUCAAAAGUCCUGACACAAUGUGAAGGGAUGUUGACCUGCAGGGUUGGAGGAGUCCCUCAAGAAUUCCCCCUUCCCCCCCCCCUUUUUUUUUAAUGCCAACAACCACAAAAACUGGCAGAUGCCUUAAAAUCAUGUGCUCAAAUAAUGUCUUAACUGUACACCCCCCCAGUAAAUACGGGUUUAUUAUGUUAAAGGAUGUAUUUAUAUAAUUAUUGGUACCUUGUACAAAACAUGUAAAAUAUGUAUAUAUUCCAAAUGCUAUACAGUCUGUAAAUUUCUUUUGUUUAAAGAAAAAAAAAUUUAGAGGCUUGCCACCAUUGCUCUUGCCUAAGAGCGAAAGUUUGAGUAUUCUAUUUUGUCAAUAAAAUCAUGUCAAAUGA